GGCCGUGGUGGGAGAUAGAAACGUCAUUGUUGUGCCUGAGAGAAAGGGGAGAGUGGGGAGUGAGGUCAGGAUGAAGGCAAAGCCUGGUCAUGUGCGGUGACUUCCUUGCUGUUUAAGCAGGCACACCUGCUGGUCUAGCCUGGACUCAGUUUACUACUUGAAGAGCAGAGAUGACAAAAGUUCCCAUUUCAGCGGAUUGUCAGGAGGACUAAAUGACACACAGCAAAUGCUCCAUUACGUUGGGUGGUAACUUAUAGUCCAUCCACUGGGCAAGAAGGCUUUGUUGAGCAUCUGCUUUGAGUCAGGCCCCUGUCAGUGGCCGGUGCAAAGUCAAGAAGCACUGGCGCCCACCGUCCCCACUCCCCUUACGCUCCCACUCCUCUUCCUGAUUUCUUGUUUUCUUCGGAGUGCUUCACCCCUGCGACUUCUGCACUGCUCGCUCGUUCCAGUCACUUUCCAGGCACUGAUCUCCACUUCGUCCCGCCGGCAGUAACUGGAGCCGGCCUUCGCACCGAGUCUGCUUCUUAGCCGCACCGCAGCCGGGCGGGCCGGGUCGGGCCUCCGGACCCGCGGGGUCCCGGCGAGGAGCCUCUCUAGCCUGGGAAAGGGCCCGUGAGCUCUUCACAGUUAGGACCUGAAGCCGCCUUAGGCGGAAAUGGCUGCGGGAGUGUUUGUUGGCACCCUAAUUGCCACUAACGACACUAACCACCCAGGGGUCCCAAGAGCAAUGGGCUCCCCCAGCCCCAAGCCAAGCUGUGGAGGAAACAGCAGGUCCUUUCCUUCCCACUGCCGCACCCCCGCGGCCUGGACCUCGGCCGGAAGUCUGAGGGACUGAGGCGGAAGGGGCGGGACCGGAAGCCACUUCCCGCGAGUGUGCCACGUCAGAGGAGGCUGUGGCCGAGCCGGUGACGGAUUCCCGGGUUGGAGCUGGACGGGAUGGCGGACUGGGCUCGGGCUCAGAGCCCCGGCGCUGUGGAGGAGAUUCUAGACCGGGAGAACAAGCGGAUGGCUGACACCUUGGCCUCCAAGGUCACCAGGCUCAAAUCGCUGGCCCUGGACAUUGAUAGGGACGUGGAAGACCAGAACCAGUACUUGGACGGCAUGGACACGGAUUUCACGAGUGUGACGGGCCUCCUCACGGGGAGUGUGAAGCGCUUUUCCACGAUGGCGCGGUCUGGGCGAGACAACCGAAAGCUUCUGUGUGGUAUGGCCGUGGGCCUGAUCGUGGUCUUCUUCAUCCUCUCCUACCUCCUUUCGAGGGCAAGGACGUGAGCCAGUGGGAGCUGUGGCUUCUGCGGGUGCCUCGGGCCAGCACGGUCCACCUCUGCCUGGCGUCCUGGGCCAGAGGACUUAACGACAAAAUACUCCUUUGAAACGAUGAUUGUGCAUUAGGAAUCUUGUUCCUGUGUGGCUGGGAGCCUCUGACCCAGUGAGCUUGUGUUAGCUGGUCCCACGUGUGCAAGGGACCCAUCUUCAUGGGGUGGCCAAGGCCCACUUUCUCUGCCACCUUGGGUGCUAGAAGCCCCAGCAGAGCCAGGUCCAAGCCGAGCAUCUGGGAGUCCUGGACACGGCCACCUGUGCACAGCAGCUCCUCCCCGGCCCUCGGGUUUCUGAACAUCUCAAGGCUCUUCUAUGCUCUUCUUGUCUGCAUAAGGCCACGUCUGGUGUGUGAGAUGCUUGGAGCUGACACAGGAGGGGAUGUGGCGGUGAACCUCAGGCCAUCGCUGUCACCUGCAGCCGAGUGUUCUCAACCUGGAGGUGGCCGUUGCUCCUGUCCGGAGCUGCUGGGCAUCUGUGGGUCAGUGAGAGUCAAGGGUCCUGCCGAGAGGCCUCUUCCUGCCUUCCAGUCCCACCGCUGAAGCCAGACCCUCAGGGAAGGAAGGGCAGGGGUUGUGGAUGGAGUUGGGAACUGCAGCCUUCACUGAAAGCAUGGGGCUCACAUUCUGGUGAUCUCCCAGCCAUGUAUCCAGGUGCAGCAAGUGAUAUUUUCUCACGACUCAAGAUCUAUCCAGCACCAGAGAUCUAUUUCCAGGAGACCAGAUCUCUAGAAACAAGUUCAUCUGGGGCAUUUCAGAGUCAGGCAGGGUGUGAGGAGGGACUUUUGUGGGUAUAGACAGGAGGCUUCCAAGUAAGGACUUUUCAUAGG